UCGCCAGCGCUCCGUUCUCCGUGACGCACACUUCCCCCUCCCCUCCGCCGCGCCAGGGCCUCUGCACUGCCCGACUCCGUAGGAGCGCGGGGGCGGCUCCUGCUCUUCCUGGAUUCCUGAGCAGAGGCGUAUUUUGUGUCCUUCAAAAGAAGAUUACCUUUGUCUUUUGAAGUCGGGAAUUUAUAAAAAGAGUUUGCUGGAUGGAAAAAUCAUAAAGGCCAUAACUCUAAAACCUAAUGUAAAGAAGAACAGUUAGAGCUGUCCAAAGAUGGGAAAGAAUGUCUUACCAGUAAGCCAGUUUCCCGGAACUGGAGUGGGGGGCCUUCAAAUGUAAGCUGGUUGACCACUUAAUGUAGAAUCACCCGGAGUUGGGCAGAGAUUGAAGAAAAGCUGCGAGCAUCUUAUAAAGAGUUGUCGAGAUGUCCACAGAAGGAGGAUUUGGUGGUACUAGCAGCAGUGAUGCCCAGCAAAGCCUACAGUCGUUCUGGCCUCGGGUCAUGGAAGAAAUCCGGAAUUUAACAGUGAAAGACUUCCGAGUGCAGGAACUCCCACUGGCUCGUAUUAAGAAGAUUAUGAAACUGGAUGAAGAUGUGAAGAUGAUCAGUGCAGAAGCGCCUGUACUCUUUGCCAAGGCAGCCCAGAUUUUUAUCACAGAGUUGACUCUUCGAGCCUGGAUUCACACAGAAGAUAACAAGCGCCGGACUCUACAGAGAAAUGAUAUCGCCAUGGCAAUUACAAAAUUUGAUCAGUUUGAUUUUCUCAUCGAUAUUGUUCCAAGAGAUGAACUGAAACCUCCAAAGCGUCAGGAGGACGUGCGCCAGUCUGUAACUCCUGCCGAGCCAGUCCAGUACUAUUUCACACUGGCUCAGCAGCCCGCCGCUGUCCAAGUCCAGGGCCAGCAGCAAGGCCAGCAGACCACCAGCUCCACGACCACCAUCCAGCCUGGGCAGAUCAUCAUCGCACAGCCUCAGCAGGGCCAGACCACACCUGUGACAAUGCAGGUUGGAGAAGGUCAGCAGGUGCAGAUUGUCCAGGCCCAGCCACAGGGUCAAGCCCAACAGGCCCAGAGUGGCACUGGACAGACCAUGCAGGUGAUGCAGCAGAUCAUCACUAACACAGGAGAGAUCCAGCAGAUCCCGGUGCAGCUGAAUGCCGGCCAGCUGCAGUAUAUCCGCUUAGCCCAGCCUGUAUCAGGCACUCAAGUUGUGCAGGGACAGAUCCAGACGCUUGCCACCAAUGCUCAACAGAUUACACAGACAGAGGUCCAGCAAGGACAGCAGCAGUUCAGCCAGUUCACAGAUGGACAGAGGAACAGCGUGCAGCAAGCUCGAGUCUCUGAGCUAACGGGAGAGGCAGAGCCCAGAGAAGUGAAAGCCACAGGAAAUUCAACUCCCUGCACCUCUUCCCUGCCCACCACACACCCCCCCUCACACCGGGCUGGUGCCUCCUGUGUCUGCUGCUCCCAACCCCAGCAGAGCUCCACUUCCCCUCCUCCUUCUGACGCCUUGCAGUGGGUGGUGGUUGAGGUAUCUGGGACCCCCAACCAGCUCGAGACCCAUAGGGAGCUGCAUGCCCCUCUCCCAGGGGUGACCUCACUCUCUCCUCUCCACCCCUCGCAGCAGCUCUACCAGAUCCAGCAAGUCACCAUGCCUGCGGGCCAGGACCUCGCCCAGCCCAUGUUCAUCCAGUCAGCCAACCAGCCCUCCGACGGGCAGGCCCCCCAGGUGACCGGCGACUGAGGGCCUGAGCUGGCAAGGCCAAGGACACCCAACACAAUUUUUGCCAUACAGCCCCAGGCGAUGGGCACAGCCUUCCUCCCCAGAGGACCCGGCCGACCUCAGCGCCUCCUGCAGGCUAGGACACUGGUGCACUACGCCCCAUGCCUGGGGGCCGAGAUUCUCCAGCAGAAAGAUGCAAUAUUUUUUGUUUCCUUUUUUUCCAUUUUUUUCUCCAAGGAAUCAAUAUUUCAAUAUGUUGAGUGUGUGUCCAAUGCUAUGAAAUUAAAAUAUUAAAUAACAUAUUUAUGGCAUUUUCUUGAAGAGUGUGGUUGAAGAAAUAUUUCUCCUUUUGUUUUUCUUUUUUUUUGUUUGUUACUGCCACGUCUUUUUAGGAGCAAAUCUCCCCAGGGGUGUACGGUAUUUCUUGACUCUUGGAACAGCUGCUACCCCCAAGACUUGCCAUGUUGUUCUGCCCUCAGAUGGAAUUAGGUGAAUGUGUGUAGCUGCUUUUUCACUCGUGGUCCUCUCCCCAUCCCUUGCUCUGACCCCAGAGCUCUGUGUAUUUGCAUCCAGAGGCCAUGGAAACAUUCCUUGCAUUUAAGAGACAGAUUUAUUCCCCGUGGAGAGUGGGUGGAUUCAUUGCCACACUCUUUUCUCCCAGGGACCCAGGAAUCUAGGACUUUGUGUGUUUGCUGCCCACCUCCCUUUUAUUUUUUAAAUGCAUUAAAAACUGUGCUAGUCUCCCUUGCAUGGACUUCAAGCUGCAUGAAAUGCAAUAAAUCUCAUUUUAGAUAA